AUGCGUGAAAUACGAAUAUCCGAUGUGAAUUUUUCAUCAUCAUCUAUUGUAUUACUUUCAUCAAAUACGAAUGAAGAUAUUCAUGUUAUAUUAAGUGCAAAUGGUAGAUUAAAAAUAAUUCCAUCAUUAUGGACUUCAAUAUUUACUGAUACUCGUGUACGUCGUUUAUCAUUAAUUGAUCUUCAAUUAUAUGAAAGUGAUGCUCAAAUUUUAGCAAAAUAUUUAUGUGAACAAGUUUAUUUAAUUGAAUUAACUUUUGAUUCAGUACGUUUACAUGUUCAUUCAUUUGAUCAUAUUCUUAAUGAAGGAUUACAAAAAAAUAAAAGUAUACAACGUUUAACAUUGACUAAUUUAGAUAAUAUUGAUGCUUCAACAAUUGCUAGUCUUAUAAAACAUAAUAAUACUAUUAAAUAUUUAUCACUAACGAAUAAUGGUAUUUCAUCAGAUGGAGCAGCACUUAUAGCUGAUGAACUUCGAACAAAUUAUACAUUAAUUUCAAUUGAUAUAAGUCAUAAUCAUAUUAGUGAACAAAUUGCAAUUGAAUUUAGAAAAAUUCUUAAUGAAUCACAUCCAAGUCUUACUAAAAUUAUUCUUAAUAAUGAUCAAAUUGUUGAUGAAAAUCUUCCAAUAGUUGAUCAACAUUCAACAACAAUGAAUAUUAUAGAAAAAAAUGAAGAUGACCCUAUGCUAAAUGAAAAUAAACAUAUAAAUAAUGAAGUACAAUCAAAAUCAAAAAAUAAAUUUCGAUUUUUAUCAACUAUUCUUGUUACAUGUCUCUUUUUUCUUUGGGGUGUACCAAAUCAAUUAAAUGGUGUACUUAUUCGACAAUUUUCAAAAGCAUUUGUUCUAUCUAGUUUUGAAGCUGGUCUUGUUCAAUCAGCUUUUUAUAUGGGUUAUUUUAUAUGGGCUUUACCUGCAGCUUAUGUUCUUCGUCGUUGGAGUUAUAAAAUUGGUAUUAUUCUUGGUUUAAUUCUUUUUGGUACUGGUUCAUUUCUUUUCUGGCCAGCAGCAUAUAUAGGAAAAUAUGAACCAUUUCUAAUGUCUUUAUUUAUUAUUGCAACUGGUUUAGCUUUUCUUGAAACAGCAGCUAAUCCAUUUAUAGCUAAUGCAGCUGGACCUACACAAUCAUCAGAAAAACGUCUUAAUAUAGCACAAGCAUUUAAUCCAUUAGGUGCUAUAACAGGUGUACUUAUUGGAACAUUAUUUAUAUUUUCUGGUGUUGAAUUAAAUGAAAAACAAAUUGAACAAAUGCGUUUUAAUAAAACAUAUGACGAUUAUUUAAAAACUGAAAGAUUACGUGUUGUUCGACCAUAUGCUGUAAUUGGUGGUGUUACAUAUUUAUUUGCUUUACUUAUUGCUAUUGUACCAUUUCCAGUUAAUAAAACAAAAAGAAAAAAUCAAGAUAAUCAACAAUCUAAUGAAGUUAAUACUCUUUGUCGAACAUUAUUUUUUUUUUCUAUUAUUGCACAAUUUGCUUAUGUUGGUGCACAAGUUGGUACUUGGUCAUAUUUUAUACAAUAUGCUCAAGAUUAUGUUCAAGUUGGAGAAAAAACUAGUGGUUAUUUAUUAACUGGUACAUUAAUUAUGUUUGCACUUGGUCGUUUUAUAGCUGCUUUACUUAUGCAUUGUGGACUUUCACCAUCAAUUCUUUUAGCUACAUUUGCUUUUAUUAAUGUUAUACUUAUUGUUAUUACUGUUCUUUUACCAAAUAUAAUUGGACUUGUCACACUUUUUAUUACAUCUUUCUUUAUGUCACUUAUGUUUCCAACAAUAUUUGCUUUAGGUAUUAAAGGUAUGAGUGGACAAACAGAAAAAUUAGGCAGUUCUCUUCUUGUUAUGGCAAUUAUUGGUGGAGCUAUAUUUACUCCAUUGAUGGGUUUAAUUGCAGUGAAAACUAAACGUUUAGCUUUGGCAUAUACAUUACCAGGAGGUGCAUAUUUUAUUGUUGGUCUUUAUGCUCUUUUAGCUUAUACAUUAACAAUAGAAAGAAAUGUAGAGGUAUAG